GUGAACCCAAUUGAUGCUAUCCCAGCCACAGAAUGUAUGUCUACAAGUUCCUCUGUAACAACCACUGUGAUAAAUGAUGACACAAGUACUCCACAGAUGAACAUUGAUAUCCAUGAAAACACUGAGCAUGACAUGGAAACUGAACAGGAACAACUGAUGGAGUUCACCCAGUGUUCUGUCACAUUAACUGGACCUAAAUCUCUUGCUCCACAGAUUACCACUACUGUAACUGAUGACUCUCAUGACCUCUCAACCCUGAUAGAAACACAAGCACAUCGACCCCAGCAAAUCAGCAAUAACUCUUUGAAAUCACAGCAAAUUCAGGACACACAAUCAAAUGUCACACAACCAUUAAUAAAUAUCCCUGUCACCAGUGACAAUGUCCUCAAUGAGAUCUCCAGUAAGCUGUCAAAACGGAACAAAGCAGAAAAGAAAAAAAUUCUGAGGAGAGUAAUGACACCUGACAAGACACCACAAAAGAAAGACAAUCAAAAAAGGAAAGAGAGAGAAAAGUAUGCAAAGGAUGAAACUUAUAAAGCAAAGAAAAAAUGUUAUUCAAUGAGCAAAUAUUCUGUCGAUCCUGAAAUACAGACAAAGAAAAGAAAAAAGAUCACAAGUAAAUACAGAGAAAGCACAGACUUCAGAUUUAGGCAAAAAUUAUACAUGACAACAAAAUACAGAGAAAAUGUGGAUUUUAAAGACAGACAAAAAAAAUAUAUCACCAAAAAAUACAGAGAAAAUGUGGAUUUUAAAGACAAACAAAAAAAAUAUAUCACCAAAAAAUACAGAGAAAAUGUGGAUUUUAAAGACAGCCAAAAAAGAUAUAUCACCAAAAAAUACAGAGAAAAUGUGGAUUUUAAAGACAGACAAAAAAAAUAUAUCACCAAAAAAUACACAGAAAAUGUGGAUUUUAAAGACAGACAAAAAAAAUAUAUCACCAAAAAAUACACAGAAAAUGUGGAUUUUAAAGACAGACAAAAACUAUAUAUCACUACAAAAUACAAAGAAAAUGUUGCUUUUAAAGCCAGACAAAAACAAUAUAUCACUACAAAAUACUCAGAAAAUGUUGCUUUUAAAACCAGACAAAAAGAAUAUAUCAGGAAAAAAUACUCAGAGGAUGUAAAUUUCCGGCAAAGACAGCGAUCCUUUAUGCAUCAUCGAUAUGCAAAUGAUAUAUUCCGCCACCAACACAGACAGCUGAUGAGGCGAAUGAUGCGAGACAGGUACAAGAAAAAUCUUGCAUACAGGACUAUGCAUAAAACCAGAUGUGCAUUGAAAAUAUCACAGAAAUAUAAAGCCAUAAGUAAACGAACACGUCAGACUGACAGAGAGAGUGAAAACCCACUUAUUGAAAGUGCCAUCGGUGAUUUCCGAUCACACAUUAAAGCUGGUCCCACCCACGUUUGCACAGUUUGUCACAAAGCCUCAUUUCCAAACCAGGUGCAAAAGUGCAAAAGGUCCAACUAUAUGAAAAAUCCAAUCAUGGUUUCAGCUUGUCUAAAAGGUCAGUACGUCCAUGAGUGUAACGAUAACUGCAGAAAUCAGUGCACUGUCCCUGAUGAGAGGAAGACUGAGUGGAUUUGUCACACCUGCCAUAACCAUCUGAAAAAUGGAUCCAUGCCCAAACUUGCCAUAGCAAACAACUUGGAGCUUGCUGACAUACCACCUGAGCUGUGUGACCUCAACAUACUGGAGAGACAUCUGAUAGCAAAGUGCAUAACAUUUGCCAAAAUCAUUCCUCUUCCCAAAGGCAGACAGAGAGCUAUACAUGGUAAUGUUGUAUGUGUUCCCUCUGAAGUCCAGGAGACAAUUCAGGCUCUACCCAGAUUGAGAAAUGAAUCUCAGGUGAUGAGAGUAAAACUGAAGAGACGUUUGAGUUACAGAGGCCACCAUCUGUUUCAGACUGUUACCUGGUCCAAGCUAGUGCAAGCUCUGCAUAAACUGAAAGAGAUACACCCCCAGUAUGAAGACAUAACUAUCAGAGAUGAGGAGGAGUUAUGUGACCCCACACUUCCUGAUGAUGGUGAUGAGGAUGAAGACGAUGGUAAUGAUAUUACAAUGAAUGAUGACGACUAUGACGAUGACGAUUUGAUGGAGAUUGAUAGAAUUGAGGCUGCUGCCAUGCAUGACGUUGAAACUAAUGUUGAAAAUGACGAUGACAACACAGAGCUGUGUGAUAAAACUCAGACCCAGGACAAUGAUGAUCAGACACAACAACAGGACGCAGACAUGCAUAAUGGUGGUGUUGUUUUGGAGUCGUGCCUUCAGCCACGGGAUGUUUCUGAGGAGAUAUUGUGUUUCAGUGACUCAACAUACUCAGUAGCUCCAGCAGAGAGAAACAGUCCAGUCAGUUUUUUCAAAAUACCCAAACUAGAGGCCAUGGCGUUCCCUGUUCAGUUUCCCACUGGUGAGAAUACACUGGAUGAAAACAGACCCAUGAAACUAUCACCCAGUAGUUAUUUCAAAGCAAGGCUCUUUGGUGUUGAUGAUCGCUUUGCCAAAGAUACCAACUACCUGUUCUUUGCACAGUUUGUGACUGAAAUACACUUGGCUACCUCCAGCAUGUCAAUACAGUUACGCAAAGGCAAACCUUUGACUAGAGAUGGACGAAAAAUAACAUCCAAGAUGUUGAGAGAAAAACUUGAAGUGGAGAGACUGGUGAGAAACAGAGAUGCUAUCAGAUUUAUGCAGCCGCUCAGAGGAACACCAGCCUACUGGGACAAAACUACAAAAGAUCUGUUUGCUAUGAUCAGACAGUUGGGCAGUCCUACUUUCUUUGUCACAUUUUCUGCAGCAGAAAUGCGUUGGCCUGAGGUGAUUAUCGCAAUAAAAUUACAACAAGGUGAGGAAGUGAAUUUUGAGGAGCUUGACUGGUCCACAAAGUGUGACAUUCUGAGAAGCAAUCCUGUGACAACGAUGCGCAUGUUUGAUAAGCGUGUUGAAGCACUGUACAGAGAUCUGAUCAUGUCUCCUGCACAACCCCUGGGCAAAGUUUUUGACUUCUUUUGGCGCCUCGAGUUUCAGCACAGAGGAAGUCCUCACAUUCAUGGUCUUUUGUGGGUAGAAGGUGCACCUGUGUUUGAGAGAGACUCUGAUAAAACUGUGUGUGACUUUGUGUCCAAACACAUCUCUGCUCAGCUCCCUGACCCAAAUAAACAGCCUGAACUGUACAAAAAGGUCAAAGAAGUGCAAAUACACAGUAAGAACCACUCAAAGACAUGUUUCAAAAGUGCAAGUUCAGGAUGCCGUUUUGGAUUCCCAAAACCACCCUCCAGACAGACAAUGAUAACAAGACCUGUGGAUGACGAUGAGGAGUCAGAGAGACUAAAGACAGCCAAAGAGAAACUUGCACCGCUAAAUCAGCUGCUGAAUAAACCUGAAACUGAAUCCAUGAGUUUUCAACAGCUCCUGUCUGUCUGUGACUUAACCGCUGAUGAGUACGAGAAACACAUGAAUGUGAUGAGUCAGUCCAGCAACAUCAUUCUGAAGCGUGAGCCAAAAGACUGCUGGGUAAACACCUACAACCCUCACCUGCUCAAAGCUUGGGAUGCAAACAUUGACGUGCAGUUCAUUCUCAGCUACUACAGUCUGAUCCAUUACAUAUGUACAUACAUGUGUAAAAGUGAGAACUCUGUGAGCCAGUACCUGCAAACACUCAUUCAGAACUCCGACAGAGAAUGUGUCAAUGAAUGUGAUGAAAUGAAAGCGGUCAUGCAGGCGUAUUCCAAAAAACGAGAAGUAUCAGCACAAGAAGCUGUUGCCCGAGUGACUUCCCUGAACAUGAAAAAGAGUUCACGCAGUGUGGUUUUUGUCCCAACUGAUGACAACCCAGUGAAAAUGAGUCUGCCUGUGUCAAGCCUUGACAACACUACACCAGACAGCUUGAAUGUGUGGAUGACAUCCUUAACAGACAAGUACAAAUCCAGACCUGAAUCACCAGAGUUUGAAGAGAUGUGCAUGGCUGAUUUUGCUUCAACCUGCAGACUGGUGUAUGGACAACAGACCAAGGGCAAGAAAGUGCUACCUUUGCUGAAUGAACUAGGCUUCAUACAGAGACGAGAAAGUGACAACGCUGCUGUCAUCAGGUAUCGCCGCAUAUCCAAAGAGAAAUACCCUGAGCAGUUUUACGGCACAUUGCUUAGACUGUAUCUUCCAUACAGAUCAGACGAUGAGCUGAAAAGACCAUAUCUACCCACGUAUGAGUCAUUCUACGAGACAGGUGUGGUUCAGCUGCCGUAUUCUGACCGACCCCUGCGUGUGAAACUCAUUGUGAAAAGAAACAGAGAGAGAUAUGAAAAAAACAGUGAGGAAAUUGACUCUGCUCUGGAGGACUUUGAACAAAACAAAGGUAUUGUCGAUGAAUGGUGUAAUUUGGCACCUGAAUCUGAACUGGUGAGGUUGGAGUGUAUUGAUGAACUACAUGCAAGACACUGUGAUGAUGAAAAUGUCCAAGAGGAUGUACCUGAUUACAGUAGACAAGCAAAUGCUGCUACAGAAGCCAGAGUCAUGAGAGAGCCCCCUACAAUCGAUCCCACACGGUUACGACAAAUGUAUCAGAGUCUGAACCAGAAACAGGCAUGUGUGUUCUAUGCAGUGAGAGACUGGUGCAUAAAACGAGUCUGUGGACUACAACCAGAGCAGUUUUUCUACUACAUUGAUGGUGGUGCUGGCACUGGAAAGUCACAUCUCAUUAAAUGCAUUCAUUCAGAAGCAUCAAAGAUUCUGAGAACACUACCUAGACGUGCUGAGGAAGCUGACAUCUCAAACCCGACUGUGCUGUUGACUGCUUUCACUGGAACUGCAGCCUUUAACAUCUCUGGAACAACACUGCACUCUCUCCUCAAGCUGCCCAGAAGUUUGAAACCUCCUUUUCAAGGUCUUGGGAACCAACUUGAUGAAAUCAGGUGUGAGCUUUUAAAUGCUGAAAUCAUCAUCAUUGAUGAAAUCUCCAUGGUGUCGAAGCCUCUGUUUGCCUAUGUGGAUGUGAGACUGAAACAGAUUAAAGGCAGCCACAAACCCUUUGGAGGAAUGUCAGUCAUUGCUGUGGGAGACUUUUACCAGCUACCGCCUGUGCGACAGUCCAAACCACUCUGUGUCUAUGAUCCAAUUGAGCUUGACCUCUGGAGAGACAGCUUCCAGAUGAUCACUUUAGAUGAGAUCAUGCGACAGAAGGAUGACAAAACUUUUGCUGAGAUGCUGAACAGACUUCGUGUGAAAACAAGGUCAGAUGAGCUUUCUGAAGCUGACAGAGCUCUGCUGUCACAGCGUGUCACUGAACCACAACUGUGUCCCUCUGAUGUCCUGCACAUUUUUGCUACAAACAAACAAGUCGCAGCACACAACUCUGCUACACUAUCUCAGCACCAUUCUGAUAUCACCACCAUUGAUGCAGAUGACUUUAAAAAAGACCCACAGACUGGACACAUGAAAAGACAAGGUGCACCAUGUCAUGGAAGCAGAAAUGACCUACCUGACACACUAGAUGUUGCAGUAGGUGCUAGAGUCAUGCUCAUCAGAAACAUUGAUGUGUCUCAAGGAUUGGUGAAUGGAUCAUUUGCUACAAUAGGCCGUCUCAUAAGCUCUGAAAACAAUGGUUCUGCUCUUGUCACUAUGCUUGGACUUACGAUGGAUGAUGAAACAGCUGGCAGGAGCUACCGUACAAGAGGAGACAAUCUUGUGUACAUCGAGAGAUCUGAGGAGGCUCUAAAACAGAGAGGAGUGGUACGCAGACAGUUUCCUGUAAAACUUGCCUUUGCAUGCACAAUCCAUAAGGUUCAAGGUAUGACCAGAAAAUCUGCUGUUGUCUCACUGAAGCACAUUUUUGAGCCCGGCAUGGCCUACGUAGCUAUCAGUCGAGUGACCUCUCUCAGCGGACUGCACAUGCUUGAUUUGGAUGACAGUAAAAUCUACGCUAACCCUGCAGUCACUUUAUCUUUACAGACCAUGAGGCAAGCUAACUUUGAUCACAUCAUGCCUUUUCUCCAGAUCCAGCAUUCUCUCAGCAGACAGGACACUAUGAGCAUCAUUCAUCAUAACACCGAAGGAUUACCUGCUCAUGUGAAUGACACCAAAAGCCAUCAUGAACUGUGUCUUGCAGAUGUUUUGUGUCUGACAGAAACUCACCUACAGGGCUCCUUUGUGGCAGACAGUCUCCAGUUUGAGGGCUACACCAUGUUCAAACGCAACAGACAUUUGUCCUACACUAACUUUCCACAGAUGGCCAGUAAAGGAGGUGGUGGAGUUGCUGUUUAUGUGAAAAACCAUUUGCAGGUUGUGGAGAAGCAGUACCUGAAUAAUGUGACUGACCUUGAGUUUGUGGCUUUGAAGGUUGAAUCUCCUGUAAGUGCUCUGAUUGCAGCUGUGUACAGACCUCCAGACUACAGUGUGCCAUCAUUCCUGUCCAAUCUGGGAAGCCUUCUGGACUCACUUGAGAUCAUGGACUGUCAUCCUAUCAUUGUCUGUGGCGACUUCAAUGAGAAUCUCUUUUCUAAUGCAAGUAAGCCAAUUUUGGAUUUCUUUCAGUCCAAGGGAUAUGGUCAACUGAUCACUGCUGCUACAACGGACAAGAACACACUGCUGGACCUGAUUUUCAUCUCACAACCUCAGCUAUGUCUCUCCUCAGGUAUUGUGCAGACGUACUACAGUUACCACAAUGCAACUUACUGUGUUAUUUCAUCCAACAGGUCAUAGAGGAAACUGCUCUUAAGGAAAAGACAAACUACAGCAGCUGUGGCUAAUGUAAUGCCAUAGUUUCAGUACAGAUUGAAAUGUGUUCGGUGAUUGUAAAUUUUACUAGUGCAAAAAAUAUUUUUAUGGCUCAGAAUUUUUCAAAAGAAAAUAUUUUUCAGCUUGUAAAAUUUUCCAACUAUUCAAAUGUUAUAAAUUACAAUUUUUGGCCUGUGCAUUUAUCAAGUCCAGUCAAGUCAAGUUAAUCCAUUUAACUUGACUUGACUGGACAUAGGGAGGGUGGGUGCGGAUUGAUCAAUGCACAGGCCAAAACUCUCAGCUGCUGUGUACAAUAAUGUAUACAGCAGCUAAAAUUAAAAACCUCCAUCAGAAAGUGUGUAUUCCCUAAUGAACACACACUUUCUGAUGUUCUGUUACCUACCAGCUGAAACCCCCCUUUUCUCCACCCAACUUUACACCACUCUCUUAGCAUGGGUGGCUGUUAGUACACUAGAGCAAACAUAAGUUUCCUUUUGUUUGGGUAUUUUUUUCUUCUUCUUCAGUUGUCUCUGCCAUCUUUCACCUGACCAUUAGUGCUGUCCUGACUAGCUCACUGUGAGGAGAAAAAAAUUAUCAAACCGUCAACCAGAAGUAAACACAUCACUUUGGACAACUCAAAGACACAGUCUACCUGCUGUUUAACCCAGUCUUUGGUCGGAGGUGAAGAAGAGAUGACAUCCUCCACACCAUCCCUCUGCUGCUCUCAACAACCAUCACCCGCUGUGCUGGACAGACUGCAGCACCCACCAGGACCCUUCUCUCAUGGACUACACAAACAUGUGUUUUACCUGAUCGUGCUCCAGAUGUCCUGAAGCAGCUCUCAAUGACCACCAGACACCAGACUGAAGCACAACUGAUGCUGUAGUACCUGUCACUCACUGGGCUCGUUCCUGCUGAACCUCCAAGAGAUAAACCCCUCUUCAAGAAAGUCUGAGGUAAUGUCUUACUGAACUUGUGUUCAUUUAUUUUUUCUGUUAUCUUAGCUGCUGUAUUAAUGCUUGUGACGCUAUUGUACAGCUCUGCUGAUAUCAUCGUCUUUAACAGCAGUGUUUUCUCCCAGGUCUUCUUCAAGCCAGUUAAGAAAGGAAGAACAGCUUAGACACUCAGGCAGCUGAACGCACCAAAGAUGGACAUCAUGCAGCCCCCCUGAGCCUUGAGCCUCUCUGUGUGAGGAAGCUUUGCUGCUGCAGACCUGGUGAAGUUGCUCUGGACAGAAAUAGUUUUUGCUCUGCUGCAGUGCUGAAGGUAUUCAUUGUAAUGAUGUGUGUAUUUAUUCAAUAUGUUUAGUUUCACAGAUUAUCAACACAAAUGUUUCUGUUUAUUUCCUGUUUUCAACCAGCUACAUUCUCCUACUUCAAGUCACUGUCUGUUCAUCCACGGUGUAGCUAGUGCAGCUAACUAAUAGUGAUCCUACAAGUCCUGCAGUCCUGUGAAGCAAGCUGCAGCAGAUGUCAUCACAUUCAGAUCAUCAGUUCAUCUCUACUGCAGCUUUAAACUGUCCCUGAGGUAACGGUGUAUUUCCUUGCCCCAUAACAAUAACCAUGUUUGACAAACAUAGAAAAGCACAGUAUUACUGUUAGCACAGGAUUUUUGUAUUGAUUACAGAGUUAAAGUGAAGGGGAUUUUGUUUGUUUUUUUCAGACCUCUCUUCCUCCUGCCUCUGACUCCAGUGAUGCUGUCAACUCGAACACUGAUAACUGCACACGGCGAUUCUACAACCACAGGUCAAAGGUCAAAACAUUAUCUUCACUCUGAACUGUAUCGGCCUCUGCUUUUGGUUUUGAAAAAAAGUGCCCAGAC